UGUUUGGAUACACACACAGGGACUAAAAAUUUCAUCGCCAUCACAGUCCAGUUUUCUUUGUUUAACUUUAGACCAGCAAGUGCCAAACACGUGUAAAUUUAUACUAAAUAAGUUUUUCGAAGAUAAAAUAUGUCCUUUAACUUAUCGGAGCCCCUUGAGGCUGAGAGAUCUCGGAAAAGAACAGCAAGUGAUCUUGAAGAGGAAAAAGGUGCAAACUUGGAAGGUAAAACACCAAGCUCUAGUAAGGAAACCAGCUUGCCGCCUAGGAAAAAACAUGCACCAUCAAGUUUGUCAGAGUUAAGUACAUGGAGUGAGUGUGAUGAUGAAACAGAUUCAAGCUGUUUAAAGAGUCAACAUGCAAGUUCAAAGGAAGGAAACUUCUCAGCAAGUCAUUGGACCUAUAAAGAUCUUAUGGACCUAAAUAUCUAUUAUGAGGAUAUGCCAGAUCCCUUGGAAAAAUUUAUUAAAGAUGUAAAGGAUGCUUUUAGGAAUGAAAAAGGUUUUUGUCCUGAUCCCAGCAAAAUUACCAGCUUUCUCAAAAAACAACUUGAAAAAAGUUUAACAUUUACGCAUGAAAUGAGAAAAAUUGAAAAAAUGGUGAAAAGGCAGCAUAAAGAGACACAGAUAGAAAAAGUAAAAAAAGAGAUUAAGAAAAACAUGGAAAUGACAUGGGGAAAAUGUGAUGUCCCAUUUGAUUUCAAAUCCUUGGAACCUGCUACAGAGGACUUUGUAAAGGAGUCUGUUACGUUGUUGAAUGUGGCAGUAAGGGACUUUGCAGAGGAAACUCUUGAACUGUUGGGAAUGGGAAUGUUUCAAAAACCAAUGUAUGCUUCACAGGAGAAGGAGAGAUGGAAAAAUAGAGGUGGAAGAGCCAGAGGUGGAGAAGGAGGGUCUCGUGGUGGACACGACAAUGCAGAGUGUAGGCGCACCACUGAUAAUAUUUGUCAGCACUAUUGUAGAUCAUUUGGAAACAUAUUCUCUUUGAAAGAAGGUUUUUUACUGGAGAGGUCCUUCACUUUUAACAAGAAAACAGUGAGGAGUACAGCUGAUCUCGUCUAUGAUUUCCAUUCCGGAAAGAGUAUGGAAGAACUCUUGUUUAUAAUAGAG